AUGCAGCCCGGUGAUAAUCCACCGACGCUGCCGUUUCCACUCAGCCCGCUACUGCUCUUGAGUGCCGCCGGCGGCGGUGUCAGCGAUUUCCGGGAGGGAGGGUUCGAAUUGUCCAGGUACUUGUUCCUGGGAUCGCUGCUCUUCUCGCGUGAAGGAGGCGGCAUGGACCUGUCCAAGGUCGGAGAGAAGAUCUUCAGCUCCGUACGCUCUGCCCGCUCACUUGCUGUGUUUGAUGAUCACGUGUGCGAUUCUGGUGCUAGUGUCUCUGAUUUUGGUAAUGGAGGUGUUUGUGAUGAGUAUGUGAAGUUUACUUUUUUGUGGUUGCUCCAAAAGGUUCCAGCACGAGCUGCGGCUGCAGCAGCCGUAGCUCGUGUUCUUGCUGGUCUACCACCACAUCAGAGGCAUAAUCUCUCUUCAAGCUCUGAAGAAUUGAGUUCAAUAUACGGGAGCAAACCUCAAGGUCAAACUGUUGAUGAGCUUGAGAGGGAAUUCUAUGAGGAGGAUUUUGACCCCGUUAGAUAUAUUUUAGAACAAAUUCCCUCUGAAGAAAAUGAAGCAGCUUACUUUGAGGAAAAGGCUGCUCUUCGAUUGGCACAACUGGAUAAAAUUUCUGAGCGCUUGUCACACCAUGUUAUGGAGCAUCAUGAAGAAAUGGUGAAGGGAAUGAAUCUGGUAAGAGAAUUAGAGAAGGACUUGAAGAUUGCAAAUGUUAUUUGCAUGAUGUACAGGAAGAACGGUCGAAGGCACCUUACCUCGUCAAGGAAUGAGGUCUCUAGGGACCUCGUUGUUACAGAGAAUUCCAAAAGGAAACAAGCUCUUCUGGACAUCUUCCCCAUCCUUACCGAGCUAUCUCAUGCAGUAGACAUGCAAGUGUCUCUUGAAACUUGUGUUGAUGAAGGGAACUUCUCAAAGGCUUUCCAAGUCCUUCCUGAAUAUUUGCAAAUUUUGGAUAGACUGUCAGAUCUCUCUGCAGUGCAAGACUUGAACCGUGGUGUUGAGGUUUGGUUAGGAAGGACUCUGCAAAAGUUGGAUUCACUUGUAUUGGAAGUGUGCCGGGACUUCAAAGAGGAUGGUUAUCUCACCGUUAGUUCUAAAUCUGCUUUUACUCACGAUGAAUUGUAUUUCAGAAAGCCCCACAUAGCACUCAAUCUACCCAUUGCUGCCUAUGUAGUUGAUGCGUAUGCACUGAUUGGUGAUGUUUCUGGUCUAGCUGAAAAGAUUCAAAGCUUUUUCAUGCAGGAAGUUCUGUCUGAAAGUCACUCUGAAUUAAGGAUCAUAUUGCAAGAGGAUGUUGAAAAUCCCAAUUUGCACAUUAAUAGGUACGUUUUUAUCUAUCGAGAUGGUGCUAGCAAGCCUCCUAAUCCUUCGGAUUUGCCAAUCUCAAAACAUGCAUGUUUGUUUGCAUGUGCAUGUGUAGGGCCUAAUGGGUUUCGCCCCCCAUCACCAAUUGGUUUUGGGUUGGAACUCACUAAAGUGGCAACUAGGCUCGCAUUCUUAAUGAGCGGUUCACCUCUAGGGACUGCACUACUUCUCCUAGUACCUGUUAUGACUCUACUAAUCGAGCCUCAUCUAGGAUGGGCAAAUGGGCUAGUUUAUAAGCCUAGUGGGCUACACCUCCCAUCACCAAUUGGUUUGGUGUCAACUUGCCAUGAUAAGCAGCAUGCCGACUUACCUAGAGUCCCGUAUGAUUCGGGCAGAGAAGUUUCUAGUACUUCUCUGCCAGAAGAUGGUUCAGGUCCUGCAUCAACUGAUAGAAAAUCUCCUUCGUCCUCAGCCACAGUACCAUCAAAAGGGUUUCCUUCUAUUUCUGAUACUACAGAAACCGACAGAUCCAAGUUCACCGAUCAUCCAACUGAUGAGGGACGAGAUGAUGGAAGCGAAGCAUCAAGCAGUGGGUCCCCUUGGUUCUUACUACGAAAAGAUGCAGUGACCUUUGUUUCGCAUGCCUUGCAAAGGGGACGUAGGAACCUUUGGCAGCUUACAACGAGCCGUGUGUCAGUUUUGCUGUCAUCCCCAGCAGUUUAUUCCUCCAGCAUUCAUCAAUUUUUGAGAAAUUAUGAAGAUCUGAGCAUCUUUAUCCUUGCUGGGGAAGCUUUUUGUGGGGCAGAAGCAAUUGAAUUCCGCCAGAAACUCAAAUCCAUUUGCGAAGGUUAUUUUUCUGCUUUUCACCGGCAGAAUAUAUAUGCUUUAAAAAUGGUAAUGGAGAAGGAGACUUGGCAGAUAUUGCCACUAGAUACAAUUCAAGUAGUUAGUUUCCCAGGAUUGGUGGGUGAUGGAGCCGCUCUCAUAGUUUCAUCUGACAAAGCUCCUAGUGCCAGAUCAGUGCAUGACAACAGAUCUGUUGGUACAGUUCUUAAUGGGUCAAAGAAGGGUGGGUUCUCCUAUUGGCAAGGAAAUGGGAACCUUUUUCGGUCAAAACUGAGUGGCAGUUCUGAGGAUUAUUCCGAUUUCUUUCACCCCAAUGGUUUGGCUACACAAGAAGCUCAAAAUAAUGAUAGAAGAACUCAACAAACUAGGACUUCUUCAAGAAGUGGUGAUGAACAGCAUAUAAAUGGGGCGAUUUCAGAGGAUGAAAAUGAAGAUCUCCAUGCUGAUUUUAUUGAUGAAGAUAGUCAGCUUCCUAGUCGAAUAUUCAAACCAAGUCAUUCAAAGCAUAACUCUUUACGUGGGAAUGAUGGGGAUUUGACAGCACAAACUGGAUCUUCUCUUAGCCUCCUCAGAUUGAUGGACAAAUAUGCAAGACUGAUGCAGAAAUUAGAAAUCAUCAAUGUUGAGUUCUUUAAGGGAAUUUGCCAGUUGUUUGGGAUUUUUUUCCACUUUGUAUUUGAGUCGUUCUGUGAGCAUAAUGCUCAACCUAGUGGAAAAGGUUUACACGACUCUAUUCCUUACAAGCUAAAGGCUGCAUUAUCAAGAAUCACACAAGAUUGUGACCAGUGGAUUAAACCACAGCCUACCUCAGUGUCUUCUUCGUCCCCAACUUCUUCAGGUGCACCAUUCAGUCAUGUGGAUGUAACUCCUACCAGUCCUGCAAGUCACGUAAAUCAUACAUCCUUUUCGCUCAAGGUUGUUUUGAAUGAUGAUGACACUUUGAGUAGGUUCCACAGAUCUAAGUCUCAUCUCCAGUCGAGGUUUCUGCAGAACAAUGGGGCUGUGGUUGAUGACUUCUAUGCUCAUCUGGUGGAUGCUGUGCCUGAUCUUACUCAGCUCAUACAUAGAACAACUGCAAAAUUGCUACUCCAUAUCAAUGGUCUCAGUGAGAUGGUAAUGGUAGUGUUUUCUAGCCAGAGCAUGUGCACCAGGAGAGUUGAGCAAGAGUGCCCUCAGAGGUACUGCGACGGGCGCGUAGGAACUACACGACAGACAAGUGACGACCAAAAACUAAAAUUGACGAGCGUCGGGACAGAUUGGAGUACACAAACCCUAACCCCGACAAUUGACGAAUCUGGAAGAAGGCAAAACGAAAACCAAAUAAAACUGAAAAAUACUGGCAACAAGCUCUCAGAAUGCCGAUCCCACGGACGUUCGCUGGAAAAAAUUCUGGCGUGCCACGCGACCUCACGCGUCGGUGCGUGUGAUGGCCGUAAGAGAAGUUCGGCACUGCUUGUGGCUUACACGCGCGGAUUCUGGCGGUAUGUGGAUCGCAUUGCCAAUGCUAAAUGGGAGGUGAAAGAGCUUGGAUUGGAGCAUAAUGGCUACGUUGAUUUAUUACUUGGAGAAUUUAAGCACUACAAAACAAGGCUUGCUCAUGGGGACAUACAGAAAGAGGUUCAAGACCUCCUCCUAGAAUACGGAAUUGAAACUGUUGCCGAAACUCUUAUUGAGGGCCUAUCUAGGGUGAAAAGGUGUACUGAUGAGGGGCGGGCCCUCAUGUCGCUUGAUCUACAGGUUUUAAUAAAUGGCCUAAAGCAUUUCGUCUCCAUUGAUGUGCGACCCAAAUUGCAGAUAGUUGAAACUUUUAUCAAGGCCUACUAUCUACCAGAAACAGAAUAUGUUCACUGGUCCCGCGCCCAUCCGGAAUACAGUAAAAACCAAAUUGUUGGGCUUAUCAACCUCGUAGCCACUAUGAAAGGCUGGAAAAGGAAAACCAGGUUGGAGGUGUUAGAAAAGAUAGGAUGAACCCCCCCUUGCAUCAAUCCAAUUCUUUUUCCCUUAGAGUCCUCAAAAGUUUUGCAAUUCCUUCUAUUUACCCUGUUUUUUCCUAUAUUAAUUAUUAUAUAAAUCCACCUGAGAUUUGUGUGUAUAUGGUCUCGUGUGUAAUAUUAUUAUCUUUUCAUGAGAGGGGAACCACUGUAAUUUUUGAACCGAGCUAGCCCAUUCUCAAAUCUCACGUAAUCGAGAUCUUAAUUUUACAUUUCUUUCACCUAAAGUUUCAAGUACUCUGGAUUUUCUUGCUCAUAGUUUGUAAUCGCUUAGUGAAAUGAAUAGACGAGUAUUGUAAAGCUGCAUUUUUCAUAUUUGUUGCGUUCUAACACGAAAACAGACGGUCCAUUCCAUAAUAUGAAUUAUGAAAU